AUGGACAGCGAUGGAAAACUUAGUGCGCAGUGGAAAGGCGAGACUGAUAGAUACCUACCUCAAGCAGAUCUCCUCCAUUUCUGUGCGCAAGAAGGCAUACAUAUAACUGCCCAUCAGCCACUCGGAGGAAAGCCUGUCGCACUUGUCAAUCCGAACGCUGACCAUCUAGGACCACUUACAGACCCAGACAUCGGCUCACUUGCACAAGCAUACCAGAAAUCUCCAGCGCAAGUACUCUUGUCCUGGGCAGUACAACGUGGAACAUCUGUCGUCCCAAAGACUGUGCAUGAGCAACGAAUGAUAGAAAACAGAGAUUUAUUCAGGCUCACUGAUGAGGAUAUGGGGAGAAUCAAUGACAUUGCCGGCAAGAAAGGUGCUGUGAGGUUCAUGGAUCCAAGGAAUCAUAUCGGAUUCGACAUCUUCGACGAGGAGUCGGACCAGCCGACAGAAGAGGGAGAUUAG